AUGAAGAAACUGAUUCCUGAAGAAGUCACAAGCCUGGGGAUUAAGGCCUGUGCUGUGGAAGUAGAAGAAGAAAAGAGUCUAAUCAAUAAUGCAGACAAAAUGAAGGAAAGCAAGAUGGUGCACGGGACGAUGCUGGCAAUAGAUAUUCAACAGAGAGAAGAUGGGGCAGCUGUGAUGGCAGCAUGGGCCAAGCUGGUGGCAGAUGCUCAGGCCAGGAUGAAAGCAACAACUCAAGGAUUUACCCUAGAACAAUCGGGAAGUCUUGAAGAAGCUGUUGUACAUUUUCCAAUGAAGACAGAGUCUAAUACAGUUGCCUUAACACCUCAGAAGUCUUCUGAAAAUGAUGAAGUUCCUCCUAUGCCCACCCCUCUGCCUCCUUUACAUACUUUAUCCCGAAAUAAUCUGCAGGUUUGGUGCCAGAGACUCAAUAUCAGUAAAAAUGGUCGGAAGCACGUUCUAUACAAGAGACUUUUGGAGCAUGUGUCACCUUCUGAGCAAGACACUCCCAGUACAGAAGAAAAAGCCCAGUUGAUAAAAAUCAAAACAGAAACUGCAACUGAAGAAGAUUCUCCAGGGGAAUUUAGUCAAAUAGUGACUAAAACACCAGAGAGACUAACAAAUAAGAAAAAGAAAAGAGAGGCAACAAAAACCUCUCUUGUCCAAACUGCUAGCAUGGCAGCAUGGAGCAGACUCAUGGCAACUAUGAAGUCCAAGGCUGUGUGGCCCACUCCUACAUCUACUGAGCCUACUAGGUCCAAGCAAUCAGCAUUGCCAAGAUGGUGUGUAGUUCAUGGUGAAGCUUUUCCUAAUGAUGUGCCUGGUUCAGCUCCUUUGGAGUUCCAUGCAGGACAGACCUGGGUACCUGAAAAUGACAUGUUGAUCCCUCUGUUAUUAUUGCCUACCUGCUCUUUUCCACCCCCAGAAGUAGAAGACAAUUGGCUGUGCCCCAAAUGUGUUAACAGGAAUAAAAUCCUGAUGGACAAUGUUCUGUAA